UGGAGUGCUCUAGAGACAUCUCCCUGUUGCUAGAAGCCACCCAGUGCCACCACCACCACAUUGACCGCUCAAAAUUGCAUCAGACGUAGUACGCCAAGAAAGUUCCGGAUGUUUCUAUACACUAGCGGCGACACGUAUAAAUAGCUGGCACAGAGGGCCGGCACUCGCAAUUCAACAAAAGCCCAGCAAGAUAGCACCUCACAUACUGAGAGAGCUAGCAAGAGAAAUUUCAACAGUUUAAGUGAAGAUUUCAUCAGAAUGCGUUCCCUACCGAUGUUCCUACGCAUGGCCGAGGAGAUGUCCAGGAUGCCACGCCUGUCGCCUUUCCAGGCCUUCUUCCACGAGCCGCCCGUUUGGAGCGUGGCUCUGCCCCGCAACUGGCAGCAGAUCGCCCGCUGGCAGGAGCGGGAGUUCGCUCCCCCGGCCACCGUCACCAAGGAGGGCUACCGGCUGACUCUGGACGUGAAGGACUACAACGAGCUGAAGGUGAAGGUGCUGGACGAGAGCAUUGUCCUGGUCGAGGGCAAGGCCGAGCAGCAGGAGGAGGGCGAUGCCGGAGGCUACAGCUCGCGGCAUUUCAUGCGGCGCUUCGUUCUGCCGCAGGGAUACGAGGCCGACAAGGUCACCUCCAGCCUGAGCAGCGAUGGUGUUCUAACGAUCAGUGUGCCCAAUCCUCCAGCUGUACAAGAGGCCCUCAAGGAGCGUGUGGUCCCCAUCGAGCAGACUGGCGCUCCGGCCGGGAAGGCCGCUGGCCAGGUGGAGGAGGAAAGCACAGAAACCAGCAAGCAGUAGGGCGACCCAAUGCUCUAUGGAAGGAGAUGACUCCUGACUGAAGUGAAUUGAAAGCUAGUGAUCCCUUUUAACCUAUGACCUACUCCAUAUGUUAGCCCUACAAGUACUCCCUUAGUUUAAAUACGGAAAUACAUACAAGAUAAUGAUAAACGAA